GCAGCUCCCGGAGCAGGUGCCGCGAUGGUGGGCAAGGCGCGGAAGCGUGGGGUCGGGCAGCGCCGGGCAGCUCGGGCCCAGAAAAAAGAGGAGGAGGAGGAGGAGGAGGGAGAGCAGGGGCCGCCGCCCUCGCCGGGGGACCCCAGGUACUUCCAGGACCAGGUAGAUGCCUUCCAUGAGGCGCGGUCGCAGGCGGCUCUGGCGCCCUCGUGGAGCGACGGGGAGAGCGGGGCAGAGGACCCCGAGGAGGAGGAGGAGGUGCUAGGCCUGGACGUGCCCGAGGAGGAGGAGGAGGAGGAGGAGGAGGAGGACGACGCGGGCAGCGUGGGAGGCAGCUCCGUGCUCAGCGAGGCCGAGGCCGCCGACGCCGACCCCAGCCUGUCGUGGGGCCGGAGGAAGAAGCUCUACUACGACACGGACUACCGGGCCGCCAAGGGCAAGGGGCAGCAGAGCCAGCAGGAGGCCGAGGAGGAGGAGCGGGAGGAGGAGGAGGAGGCGCAGGUCAUCCAGCGGCGCCUGGCCCAGGCCCUGCACGAGGACGACUUCGGCCUGAGCUGGGUGCAGGCCUUCGGCCAGGCGGCCCAGCCCCGGGCCGAGGAGCCCCGGACCCGCGUGGUCACCGACCUGCAGCGGGUGCCGGCCAAGGAGAAGCUGAAGCUGCUGCGCCGGGAGUCCCCGGAGCUGCUGGAGCUGAUCGAGGACCUGAAGGCCAAGCUGACGGAGCUGAAGGACGAGCUGGAGCCGCUGCUGCGCCUGGCCGAGGCCGGGGCGGUGCCGCCCGGGAAGGGCCGCCGGUACCUGCAGACCAAGUACAGCCUCUACCUGCACUACUGCUUCAACGUCAGCUUCUACCUGGUGCUCAAGGCCCGGCGCGCCCCCGUGCACGGGCACCCCGUCAUCGAGAGGCUGGUCACCUACCGGAGCCUGAUCAACAAGCUGGCCCCGGUGGACCGGAGACUGGCCGGGGAGGUCCGCCGUCUGCUCUCGCGGGGCGCCGCGGGUGGGCGAGUGACCGCGGAUCCCAAGAGGAAGCCCCCUUCCAAGACGCCCGCCGGCAGCGCCGCCCUCGGCCCCGCGGACGACUCCGAGGAGGACGAGGAAGCCGCUCGGAAGCACUACAGAGAGAUGGAAGAGAGGCUGAACCUGAAGAGGAAGAAAGAGGAGGCCGCCGAGGAAGAGGAGGGAGAGGCGCCCGGAGAUCCGAGUGCAAAGAGGGCCAUUACGUACCAGAUUGCCAAAAAUAAGGGACUCACACCCCGACGGAAGAAGAUUGACAGGAAUCCCAGGGUUAAACAUCGGGAGAAGUUCAGGAGAGCCAAGAUUAGGAGAAGGGGUCAGGUCCCUCAGGUUCGCACAGAAGAAUACAAAUACGCUGGUGAACUGUCUGGCAUUCGUGCUGGAGUUAAAAAGAGCAUCAAGUUGAAAUAAAGCCUAGUUUAAGCUCUAAGCAAUAUAUUUCGAACCAAUAAAUUUUUCAUUCUAGUUACAAA